AUGAAUAAAACUCACUUGAGGGUUCUAUUUGCUGGUGGACUACCAGCAGUGAACACGAACUGCUAUGAUUACCCGGUUAUUCUGCCUAGAACAACAUGUCAGUUUCCCGGGUUGCUAGUUGAGGUAGGUGUUUACAGUGAUUUUAAAUUAAUUAACUUGUAGUUGAAUACUUUUUUAACUUUAUUAUAAGACGUUGCCCAAUAUAAUGACAUAUAUUUAUUCAUAUGAUAAUCAAACUGUCAUUUCUAUAAUUUUAGAUUUUAAAAAUAAUUGCUGACCGCAUGGGCUUACUAUUAGAUCCUACUUAUCAAAAAAGCAAAGAUCCUAUUAUUGGAACAGUGGUAAUUUAUUUACGAUUUUUUACAUACAUAACCCCUGUAUAACGAAUCGCUCAGGAGUUUUAAAACUUUUCGCUAUUAAAACUUCGUUAUACAGAAGUUUCACUGUACUUUUUUCUAUGCUUUUUUCGUUUGACAUACUUUAAAAUUUAAACAGGGUACCUUUACAGGAAAACGGCACAAUCACAGGAAUGCUAAGUUAUAUUUACAACGAAUCAUACGACACAAUUGGGCUAACUGUAGGUGUAAAUGCUGCAAGAAAAGAGUACUUUGAGUUCUCCAAGCCUGUGUAUUAUGUAAGUACCUUUACCUGAAUGAGGGAUGAAUAGGAACCCCCAAUGUAAAUUACAAAAUAAACCCAUUUUAGCCCUACCCAAACCUACACUCGCCCUUUUUAUCCCCCUACCAGAGAUUACUUCUGCAAAAGCUCAAGCAUAAUCUCAAACUUUUCAGAAACUAAACGUCGCCUAUAUCAAUAUGCCAGACAACAAAUGGGACAAGUACUUUGCGUAUCUUCAAAGCUAUCAAUACAACUCGUGGUUUGCCAUUGGAAUCGCCCUAAUGCUACAGUGCUUGCUCACAGUUAUGCUGCAUAAAGUUGAAGAGGAAUUGAACCAAGUUUGUUUUUAAAGACGUUUUGACUAUUACAAGUUAAAAUUAAGACAUAUCUUGAUAGAAAUAUAUCUUCUAAGGGCAACAUAUAAAAACAUGUCUUUUAAUAAAAAAUGCGUUUUAUAGGCUUCUGUUCAGCAUACAGUAAGCGAUUCAGUUUGGCAGAUCAUUCGCUUACAGCUAAUGCAACCGGAAUCGCUUCAAUUAUCUUCAAAUGCAGGUAAGGGUACUUACGUUAAUGAUUGUUUUUUACAGAAUACACAUUCAGAGGGUUAGGCAAGGGUUAUAUAAAGGAAAAGACAUGUGUAAGCUAAGAAUAACCUAGUGAUAAGAUAAGGUAUUAUAAUAUGCUCAAAUCAUCCGGUUUCAGGAAAGUUUUCCGUAGUGAUCUUCUCCCUAAUACAAUGCACAGUAAUCAUGGGUGUACUAAGUUCGUACAUCUUUUCCAACCUUGUACGACCUCCUCAACCAAUACCAUUCAAGACCUUUUCCCAAUUCACGUCUCUAAUAGACUCUGGGAAGCUACAUUGGGUCGAUAUGGGCACUUCUGGUUCACUACAUGAACUAAUACGCACCUCCAAUGCAGCUGACAUAACAGAAUUCAGAAUGGCAUUAGCAAAGAAUCCAAUCAGGUUUGGCAAGACUGUUAAGGAAGUGAUAAAGAUGAUAGAUGUACCUGGAGCUGUUUUAAUAAAAUUUGUGAGUUUUUAGGUCACAAAUUUUAAUUUUUCCUUUUUUAGCAUAGUAUCAUUAUAUUAUACACUAAAAAAUCUAUAAAAUGAUGUAAAGUAACUUUUAUGAUAGUGAGACCCAGUAUAACAUAAUUUCCUAAAUAUUGUUUUAGGAAGACGAAAACCUCGCGUUUGAAGUCAACAAAAAAUGUGGUUUAUAUAUUUUUGAUUCCUUGUUUCCACCAACACAUGGGUACCUUGUCUUCAAAAAAGGAUUUCCACUAAUGGAUGAAGUUAACAAAGCAAUUAACUUGGAGUAUCACAACUUCAAUAAACUCUGGCUAAAAUACUUACGAUCAUACCAAGGCCAAUUGGGAUGUUCUCCAGUUUCUUACCAUCAAAUCGAAGCCCAUUAUCCUUACAUUGGCACAGCCAUUAUAUUAUGUUGGUUCUCGUGGAAAUCAUUGCUUUUUCCGUGUUUAUAA